AUGGAAGUUGCCCACGAACACAUUGAUGUAAUUCCACACAUUGAAAGUUCUGAGUCAGAUCAGACUGAUUACGAAAUAGAGCCGCAAAAUUCCGAAAGCUCCUGUAGUUCUGAUUCUGAUCAAGAGGGGGAAGAACAGAAUGAGGGACAUAGUCCUGAGUCCGUGUGUUUUACAUCCCCUGACGGUGUUAAAUUUUGGACUCCUAUUUGUGAAGAUAGUAAGAAACCUCAAUUAAAUCAGCAUUACCCUACGUUGGAGGAUGCAUUUAUCUUUUACAAGGAAUAUGGCCGUAUAUGUGGCUUUGAUGUGAGGAAGUAUACGAAAAGAACUGAUAGGUUUGGGAAUUUGUAUGCCAAAUAUUUAAUAUGCAAUCGAGGUGGUUCUCCCAGGCCCAAAAAAUUGUUAGAUGAUGAAGGUAAUGUUGUUGAAGGUCCCUUCAGGAAGACAACAUCUAAACGAUGCAAUUGUCCAGCGCAGGUUGUGUUGAAGACUGCUGGUAACCGUGGUUUUGUACUCAUGGGUUUUAUUGAGGAACACAAUCACCCUUUUGUUUCAGGCGCUGGACGCAUGUUUUUACGGUGUAACAGGCAUGUGUCUCAUGCUCAUCAACAAUUUAUAAUGGACUGUGCCCGGGCUAACAUAGGUGCAACACGAGCCCAUAGUUUGGUAAAAGAAAUGACUGGGUCAUACGAGAAUGUCGGUGCAACUAUUUCUGACUUUAAGAAUUUUUCGAGGGAUGUGAAAGUCCGUAUUGGGGAUCAUGACACCGACAAGUUACUUGGAAAAAUGAAGGAUCGUAGGAGCAAACCUGAAAAUUCGUUCUACUAUGAUUACAAAGUUGAUAUGAAAGGUCAUUUGACUGGACUUUUUUGGACCGAUGCCAUUGGUCAAGCAAAUUACGAAGUUUUUGGCGACAUCGUCUCAUUUGAUCCUACAUUUCGCACUAAUAAGUACAACAUGGUUUUUGUCCCUUUUACGGGCGUUGACAAUCAUUGGAAGAAUGUGACUUUCGCGGCUGGACUUCUAUCGAAUGAAAAAUAUAAAAGUUUUAAGUGGCUGAUUAACACAUUCAAGACAGCAAUGGGACGAGCACCUUCAUGUGUGAUUACUGAUCAAUGCCCUGCAAUAAGAAAAGCCCUGGAGAAAUGGUGGCCUUCCACAAAGCAUCGUCUUUGUAUGUGGCAUAUUAUGAAUAAAUUGCCUCUAAAAGUUGGUCCCAAACUGGCUUCUAAUAAGAAUUUUGUAGAAAAGCUAAAGUCUGCAGUGUAUUCUGAUCACCUUACACCUGAAGCUUUUGAAGAACGCUGGAAAGGUGUUAUAUCCGAGUUCAAAUUAGAGUCUAAUGUGUGGUUAUCCGAAAUGUUUAGCAUCCGAGAUAAAUGGAUCCCAGCCUUUUUUUCCGAUAUUGAAAUGGCUGGACUGUUAAGAACCACAUCUAGAUCAGAGAGUUCCAAUUUCUUUUUCCAGCAUUAUCAUGAAAGUGGUGACACAUUAGUUGAGUUUUACUCAAGCUUCGAAAGUGCCAUGGACAAGCAGCGUUUGAGAAAUGCGGAUGACGAGAGGAGAUCUGAGCAGAUUCCAUUAGCUGCUACGUCAAUGAGCAUAGAGUCAGAUGCUUCGAAUGUAUACACCCUCGAGCUUUAUUACAUGAUAAGGGAAGAGAUAAAGUCAGGAUGUUUCCACACAAUUAUGUCCGACAUGUCCAGAGAUGAUGAGUAUCGCUAUUUUAAAUGUAAAGAUGAGCUGCUUAAUGAUCAGGUUUUUGAGGUCUCUGUACGCCACCAGGACAGCCACGUUACCUGUAGCUGUAAAUUAUUUUUCCGAAGGGGCUAUUUGUGUCGACAUGCGUUUGCUGCACUUCACCAAUGCGGUAUAAAACAGAUACCUCGUGCUUUCGUCAAACCGCGCUGGCAGAAAAAUGCAAUUAGAAACCAUUCAUUUCUAGGUUCAAGCAACAAUGGUGGCACAUGCGUAGACCGUGACAGAGCAAAGCUGAAAAGGACUCGUGCAUGGUUUGAAUUCAAUAAUUGCAUUAGUGUGGCUGGAGAAAGCGAAGAGUUCCUUGAUAUUGUUCUUAAUGGACUAAACACAGUUCACUCGUCACUAUCUGAAAAGAAAGGUUCAUGCAACAUAGAUAAUAGUUCCAACAGAGCCGACAAGUUUAUUGGUCCCGCGACUGCACCUGAUAUAUCUGUAAGGAAUCCAAAUAUAAGCCGGAACAAAGGGUGUGGAAGCAGGAUAAAAAGUAGCCGUGAGAUCUCGAUAGAGAACCAGGGGACAAGGAAAUGCAGCACCUGCAACAAGUUUGCGAGGCACAAUUCUCGUACCUGUCCAGAAGGGAAAAAUGUAUCUACAUCCUAG